AUGUCUCCCUGGGUCGACCCCUACGUCCACAUGUCUCCCUGGGUCGACCCCUACGUCCACAUGUCUCCCUGGGUCGACCCCUACGUCCACAUGUCUCCCUGGGUCGACCCCUACGUCCACAUGUCUCCCUGGGUCGACCCCUACGUCCAUGUCUCCCUGGGUCGACCCCUACGUCCACAUGUCUCCCUGGGUCGACCCCUACGUCGCCAUGUCUCCCUGGGUCGACCCCUACGUCCAUGUCUCCCUGGGUCGACCCCUACGUCCACAUGUCUCCCUGGGUCGACCCCUACGUCCACAUGUCUCCCUGGGUCGACCCCUACGUCCACAUGUCUCCCUGGGUCGACCCCUACGUCCACAUGUCUCCCUGGGUCGACCCCUACGUCCACAUGUCUCCCUGGGUCGACCCCUACGUCCAUGUCUCCCUGGGUCGACCCCUACGUCCACAUGUCUCUCUGGGUCGACCCCUACGUCCACAUGUCUCCCUGGGUCGACCCCUACGUCCACAUGUCUCCCUGGGUCGACCCCUACGUCCACAUGUCUCCCUGGGUCGACCCCUACGUCCAUGUCUCACUGGGUUGA